AUGAGCACACGGGUGACAAGAAGCGAAGCGCGCAGGAUGAUGGCUGCCCACCAGCCGUCCGGAGGAUCCAGCCCGGGGCAAGGAUGGUCGGCAGCCCGGCCUACCCGAACCUCGCGGCGGAUCUCCGGGCGGGGCGUCCCCGAUCCGGUGAUCAGCUCCGACAGCGACGUCGAGUUGGUGGAGGACCCGCGGGUGGAGCAACGGCGAUGGCGGCUUCGCAAGGCAUUCAACCGGGCCGACGGACGCAUCCCGACUGGCGCGGCGCAGGUGGAGUGGGCCAGUGGAGAACCGCCCCAGGACCAGCCGGCUCCCAUUAGCCAUGCCGAGGCCGUGGUAGCGGCUACGUGGGAGUUCCGGCGCAAGUGCGAGGCGCGAAGGCGAAACGAGGAGCGGCGGUUGAAGGAGAUGGAGGAGUCGCCGGAGUGGCAGGCCCAACUACGGAUGGCCGAGGAGGAGGAGACGCAGCUGUGGGAAAACCCGGGGUACCCACCUACGCCGAGGUAUGCGCCCGAACCCGGCACCCCGCCGCAAGAAGUGGCAGACGAUUGGGCACCCUCGCCUCCGCGGUGGCUGCCCGAAAUCCCGCCCACACCGCGAUACGAGGGGUCACCACGCACCCGGACGUUCGUGGCCGAAGGGGUGAGGUGGCGACAGCAGACGGUCGUCUGGACCUGGCCGGAGGGACCCGCGGAGGAGACGGCGGCGACGGAAGAACCCCGGAUCUGGGAAGAAUGUGGUCCACGGGUGAGCCCGCUGGACCCCAGGACCCGUGGCAGACCGGAGCAGUGGGCACCACCGACGCCGAGCACCGGACCAACGACGCCGAGGACAGGGCCGUCGACGCCAACGCCUACCGGGAGCGCAAUAACCGCGGAGCCUCUGGAGCGAGGACCCUGGGUGUGGCCUGAGCCCGUGGAAAACGGCCGUCCUCCGCUCAAGCGGCAGCACUCGGCGCCCGAAGUGUCCGAGGUGGUGACCCGGCCGAAGUUGUCGCGGACGGUGUCGGCGCCGGAGGGCCAGCGAUGGCGAGAGAUCGCGGAGCCGGAGUGGCCCGAAGGGAUCGCGGAGGCACCGGUGGUGCAGGAGGCUCGCAUCCUGGGCGGCAGGCGCAGCGUGCUCGUGUGGAGAGAGGGGCGCGCGUUCCGCGUCCGGUUGGGGCUGGCGGGCAUGAGAGUGUUCGAGGAGCAAAAAUAA